AACCAACAGAAGACAAAGGAAACAACUUAUUUCAUAUCUCUAUUUUACAUUAAAGCAUAACACUGCGCUCAGUUCCGUCGAGUCUAGAUUCAAGGACUAGUUACUCACUAAUCAAUUGAGAUCCAAAAUGAGAGCUUACUGGUUUGACAACAAGGAGGUGAUUUACCCCUCGUCCCCACUACAUUGCCCCUCCAUAUCCGAUCACUCCUAACAAACAUUUCACUACAGGGCGACCAACGCGAACUUCAUGACUCUGGUCGCGACGUUGAUUCUGAAUACUUGGAGAAGCUCGGCGUUCUCUAUUACCACUUCGCAGACGAAAAGGAUGUCGACAAGCUCGCCUCGGACAGAAGCUACAAGAAUCGCGAUGUAAUUACCGUUUCACCAGAGAAAAUGGGCGAUAUUUACGAGGAGAAGGUCAAGAUGUUCUUUAAUGAGCAUUUGCAUGAGGAUGAGGAGAUUAGAUAUAUAAGAGACGGUGCGGGAUUUUUCGAUGUUAGAAGUGAGGGCGAUGAGUGGGUGCGCAUUAGGUUAGAGAAGGACGAUUUGAUCGUGAGUGAUCAUAAUACAUUCGAACCGCGUCAGAAUAUGGAUUGACUUUGGUGGAUAGAUUCUCCCAGCUGGUAUCUAUCAUCGUUUUACUACUGAUGACAAGAAUGUAGGUUCCCUAUAUGAUGUUCUUCUUCCUGUCUUUGACAUUACUAACGGGGGAGUAGUACAUCCAAGCAAUGAGACUGUUCAAGGAGGAGCCCAAAUGGACACCUUUGAACCGUGGUCCAGAAGUGGAUGUCAAUCCAUACCGCAAGGAGUACCUGCAGACUGUUCCUGUAAUUGCCAGCCAGUAGCGAGGGGUAAUAUGGAGCGGGGUGGAUGAUGGUGGAAUGGAUGGUUGUCUAUGGAAGAGAAUGGCGAUGAUGAGGAAAUGAGCACAACAAACGGGCGAUAUGAAAGCAUAUUAUGACAGUCAGCGAAAAUACCAUUCGAGCUUUUCAAAGCAUUUUGUAUAUGAGGUACAGCUAUAGUACUUGUACUGUGUCGCAUCAAAUUCUAUAUAGUGAAAGUCAACUUGGUUAUCA